AUGGAAUGUUGUGAGCCAACAAGUGAUGGACGUCGAUUAUUACGAAGCAUUGUUGUUGCCGUAGUUCUUGUAGUCGAUGUCGUAAUUGCUGCUGUUAUUGUUAUUGUUGUUGUAGUAGUUGCUGUUAUUGUUGUUGUUGUUGUUAUUAUACAAAUAACCAAAAUUCCUCCCAUCAAGCAAUCAUCAUUGUCAGUAAGCGCUUAUCAAAAAUCACGAAUCAAUCUGUCCCAGCUAUUAUUGUUGGUGCAACAAGCAACUGAUAGUGAUAGCGGUAGCUACGAUGAUGCUGAUGACGAUAAUAAUAAUGAUGAUGAUGAUGGCACUGCUAGCACUGAACAAAUGAUGAGCAAAGCUUUCACAUCUAUUCCCACCUCUCUAAUAUUAUUACACAAAAAAAGCGCUUCUUAA